AUGGACAGUUCCGGUGCACUUGAUAGUGUUAUUAUGGGAGUAGAUCACCUUGAGUCAUUUAUAAAUUUUCUUCACAUGUAAUUACCAAACGAAAUUUCGAAUUCAAUCAUUCAAAGAAAUACAGUACACAAGAUAUUCCAAUAUCGGAGAUAUAACCAAGGGAUAAGGCAAAAGAAAAAAAAAUAAAUAAAAUUAUAGCGCCGAAUAAAAAUUCAUUUAAAGCGUGUUCGCUUUCGAGAAAAUCAAGCUUGAAAAUUUAUCAGUUAAAAAAUUAAUAAUAAGCAACGUAAAGCAACUUGAAAGCCAAUCCCAAGCUGAUCAGGACUAAAAAGAAUGAACAACUGCCAAAUCCUCGCUGGUCAGAGGCGCGGCAGAAAUUCCUCCUCGCGAAAAGGGAUGACCGAUACAUGCAUGUGUGUACGCUAUGGUGCGCGGGUGAGAGGUGGAAAGCGAGAAGAAGAAAGGUAAGAGGCGCGGAUCCCUUCCCUUUUCGUUCAGAAGCUUGGAAGAAGAGACUCUCGAUCGGUGUAGUCGCAGUGCAUCGGCUGCUACACUGGCUGGCCGGACGUUCGACGUCGGACACCAUCGUCGGGACACUCAUGCAACGUGCGACAAAAUGCAGCCGACCACGCUGCCCGUUCUGUGUCUCGUGACGCUGAUCUUGUGCAACGUUCACGGCAGUCUUGAACAUGAAAUUCCAAAGAGAAGUUUCCUGUCACGAAGAGCUAUCGAUGGCACCAGGGGCAGAUUUGUCAGAUAUCAGGAGGAACGUUCCAGGAGAACCAGGUGUUGAUUACCCGGCAUACACGACGCUUCCUCAGACCGGGUUCACGUGCGAGGAACGCUCACGAGGUUACUACGCGGACGAAGUGGCAGGAUGCCAAGUGUUCCACGUGUGCCAUGACGUGUUGGUCUCCUCUUUCCUCUGUCCGAUAGGCUCUAUAUUCAGUCAAAAACUGCUCACCUGCGACUGGUGGACCAAGGUGGACUGUUCAGCCAGCAGCAAAUACAUAGACGUGAACCGUGAUAGCUACCAGCAAGACGACGACGAGAUGAUCCGCAAAGCUUACGCCAUGGUCAGCCUUCAGUCAGGGACAGACGUGACGAAGGAUGGCCUGGUGGAUCCCGACCGAACUGGAAGCAUAGUGGACUACCAGAGAGGUCCAGGAAGAAUCCUCGACUAUUCUCAAGUCGACACGAUCGGGAACGACCUGAAGACAAACUUCGACUAUUCUCCGCCUGCUAGUCGGGACUUCUUACCGUCGUAUCAACUCAAGGGAACAAGGAAACCAGAAACUAGUCGAAGCUACCAAGAGAGAUUCUACUCGAGCGACAAAUCUGGAUCCCCUUACCAAGAUUCGCCAAUUAUUCGAGUUCAGAAGAUCAACGAUCCGGGAUACGGAAGCCAGAGGAACAAGGACUUCGAAGACGCGUAUCGAAGGCCGAACGAGUUUACCAACCAGUUUCAACCAUCUUACGCGCCCACCGUACCAACAGUUACCACUACAACCAGGAGGUUCUAUUCCCCGACUGUUCCCACGAUGUUCAGAUCAUCUACCUUGGCGUACAACAAACUGGACCAGGUGAUAGACAGCUCUGACUAUUAUUUCUCACGCGAUAGGACCAACAGUUUCGUCACUCCCUCUACCAGAAUUUUCACGAGCCGAGGUAAGGAUUUCUCUGGAAGAGACUCGAGGAAGUCGGUAGCUGUCCCUUUGAGGAAAUCGAGCAGAGACGACGAGUACGUCAAGCAGGCGAGUUACGAAUACGAUUACGAGGAUACCGACAGCGAGGAGAAAACGAGGGAAGAACGGCCGAGCGAGAGAUUCCAAGUGCGAGUCCUCGACAACUUUAACCUCAAUCGUACGAAAGUGGCGAGAGUAGGAGAGAGUUCUCUGUUCGAGGAAGCUUACGGACGAUUCAGGGACCGCGACAAUUUCGAUUCCGCGGACGAUUUCGAAGCCAGGGGCAGCAUCGGCCUAGGCCAAGCGUUGCAUCAGUCUUACAGAGGGAUCUCGGUUAGCCAACAGAAUCCCGUGAAGGUCAAGACGAAAAUUCACGACGAGUUCAACUCUCGCACGGAAGAAGUGAGGCACACGUUGGCCAAACCGGAGUCCGCGUAUUAUUCUGAAGAGAAGAAGGAGCUGACAACCGAACAGUACCAAAGAGACGAUCAAAGAGACAACGAAGAAACGAGGAAGGAAGAAAUUCCGAGCAAUUCGAACGGUUUUCUGUCGACCACCACUCCGUCGGUUAUUGAAAGCACCAUUCUUCGCGAAUCUUCGCAUUCUUCGAUAUCGGAGAGCGAUCCGGCGAAUUCCAGCGUUGUGAAUUCUGAAUAUUCAAACGAGAAUGAGAAGGUAUCCAUCGAUGGAGUGAUCGGUGAUUUCCAAACGUCUAGACCAGUCGAAUUCUUAGAAACCCCCUUGGAGAGAACGCAGAGUAAGUUUCAGAUAAAGGUGCCAGAUCUAUUUGAAGGCUCUACUUUGUUGAUUCGUUACACGACCCAGCACGAUGCGCCUUAUUCAUCGAGCACGACUGAAUUGCCAAGCUUCGAGGGCGUUAAUUCUGACGAUUACAUCGAUCAGUCUACUUCUCUCGACGAAAUCGCGGCGAUAACGAACAACCAUAGGGGCACAGAGAUCUCUGGAGACUCCAGUUUCCAGAACCAUCCCACUACAGUGGCUAGCACCUUAGUAUCUUCGACUGGAUCGUGGUUCUCUUCCUCUCUUCGGGAUCAAUCAAAUGCCAAUCGAAUUCCUGCGAAAGAUCACUCUGCAGGCAGAGCUGAAGCAGAUGCACCUGUGAAAGCCAAGAAUGGCACCGAGAACGAAAGGAAAAUCGUUAGGAUUGAACUUGACUUUGGCGCAGACAGAAUUGUCGAUAUUCAGAAUUCGAACGCAGAAGGUGGAAUGCCUCCGGGACUUGUGAGCUCGAUUGGAACGUCCGAGGAAGGCUUGACGCGGCGAUUUAAUGAGACUUUGGCGUUUCCAGCGAUUAAAUCCAUCGACAUCGAGUCUUCAGUCGCUCAAAGGAGCGUAGACGAGUCGAAGAAUGACAAUGACGCAACAGAGGUCUCGACAGGGAACGCUUUACUCAGAUCCAGCAGGCCGGAAACCCUGAGGCACAUCGAGGAGAGUAUCGAUAGGAACAACUCGCCUUAUCAAGUGACGUUGACGAUGAACAAAGACGAGGAGCUGGUGCCAACAGGGCGAGACAUAAUCAGCAAACUGAUAGCCCGGCAAGGUAAAGAGACCUCGAGUUUCAGCGACGAGAUACACGAAUUGGAGAUAAUCAAAUCUGUAGAGCCGGAGAUUCGCAGAACCACAGAGUCGCAAACCACCACUGUGAACGAUACUACCGAUGUGGACCUAACUGACAUCAAGAGAAACGAUCCGAAUAUGAUCAGCCUUCUUCAGUUGAUGUCAGAAUUGCUGAAGCUAGACCGAGUUCCUCGGCCGUUCUCCUUGUCGGACGCUGAAAGUUCGAGGCCGAAUGCUCGUCCGCAGAGUCCGCUGGGAACCAUCGCCAAGGACGUGAAUUCGAACGCGGAACAGCAGGACGAAGCGACGUUCCCCUCUCAGGAGACUUCCACUUCCACGGAGUUGAACUCGAAGACUUUUGCCUCUCGGUCGAAAGAGGAGAUUCUGGGUCAGCUGGAGGAGAAUUUCGGAGAACCUCUUUACAGAGAUGGUAAACGAAGCUCCCUCGAGCUACCUGAGAAAGAGAGAUCGGUUGAGUUUCAGGCUCGAGUUCCUCUCGAGAGGGCGAACGAGCACGGAGAAGAAUCGAGUACUGAUAAGACGAUCGCAUCAACGAGUUCUAAGGUGGAUGUUGAGUCAACGACGACGAGUAUCACGUCUACGCCGGAUGUCACGUCUACCACGGAAUCUGGCAAGACCGUGGUGAAGACGGAAUUUGUCCCGUCGAUUGGAUUCUCCCUUGAUACCGACGAAGGUAGAGAGGAGUACGUGGAGGCUGUUCUAGGUGGUUUGAUCGAGCCGCAGACGGUAGAAAGUGUAAAAGAAGAGACCAUUCUAGAGAAGAAAUCGGAGGGAGGGAUGUCUUCGAGAAAGAACGAAACAACGAGAAACAUCUCAGGAAAGAAUUGAAGGUGGUUUCUUAGGAUCUUCUAGGAACGAACUUAGGUUUAGAAUGAAAUCUGUGAUGUCCUGUUGUUUACACUUCUGUUUCUUUUUUCUUUUUCUUUUUAGAUUUCUGCGACCAUUUUUCCUUCUUGUUCUUUCUAAUUCCGUGACCAUCUUUCUUUCUUGUUCUUUCGCUCUAUUCCUUUUCGAUCAAUGAGCAAUGUGAAUUUGAGACUUUGGUAAAUUGACGUUCCUUCCUUCGUGACUUGAAAAUGUAAUGGAUCUUUGAACGAUUGCGAGAAUAAUUAAAUCAGUUGAUUGUCACAGUGAUCAAGGUGUAAUUGGUACUUCUAUUUUCAUAAAUAUAUAGAUCGUUGCUUAACAUAUUCGAUUACAUCAUCUUGUUCGAUUCGAUGUUACAUCUUGCAUUAGUUUAUUUGAACGAACAAAUAAUUUUUCUCAAAAUCACUUCAUUAUUUUAUUAACAAACAUUUAACAUUUCGUAUCUCAAAUAAUUUUAACGCGCUUGUAGAACUGAUCAUUUCAUAUACAACUAUCAAAUAUUUCAGAAUGAAUUUGAAUUAAAAUAUAAUUAGAAU